AUGGAUUUUAUAAAUGAUUUUAUGAUAGGAGGUAUUGCGGCUGCUCUUUCAUCAAUUGAUUAUAAUCCAAGUGUAAUAAAAAGACCUAAGUUUAACAAUAAUGAAAAUGUCAAAUGGUAUGUUGAAAGCUUCAGAAAAGCAAUAUAGAGAGUAUUGUGAUGUUAAAAUUUUAAGUGUUUCUCCUUUAUUUAUGGAUUCAAUUUAGCCAAUAUCCCUAGAUAUUCAUUGACAUAAGCAUUGAACUUCUCAUUAAAUGAUACCUAUAAAUAGAUAUUCUGCCCUUAUGGUUUUUUAUUGUUAUUAUAUAAGAUCCAUAGAAUGAAAAAGUCCUCUUCUUUUUAGGAAAUAUCAUAUCAGGUAGUGUGGCUGGUGCAACUUCUAUGUUUUUUAUUUAUCCUUUAGAUAUAGCCAGAAAAGCUAUGAUUAGUGAUAUGUAUAAUACUGAAAAGAAAUAUAAAGGUUUAAUAGAUUGUACAAAAAAACUUUUUAUGAAAAGAGGUAUUAAAGGAAUAUACAGAGGAUUUGGAAUUUCUGUUUCAAGUGUAUCACUAUAUAGAGGAAUCUAUUUUGGUAUAUAUGACACAGCAAAGGGAACAAUUUUCAACAAUUCAGCCAUGAAAAAAAAUCCUAUGGCUAAAUUUCUAUUUGCUAUAUUAAUCACAGAAUUAGCUGGAAUAAUUUCAUCACCAUUAGAUAUAAUCAGACGGGAAUUAGAAAUGAAAACAGGUAUUAAUAAAUAACUAACCUUAUUUUAGGAACUACAGGCUUUAAAUACAACAAUGCACUUCAUUGUGCUAUCAAUAUAUAUGAGAAAUAAGGCAUAAAUAUUAUUUACAAGGAAGCAAUUUCAAACUUUUAUAAAAGAACUUCUGGUGCACUUGUCUUAGUUGUUUAUGACCUUAUUAAAACUUUAAAUGAAGAUUUAGCACAAAUUCAAGAAGAAUAAUGA